ACAGAUUGAAUCUGAUUAUGCCGCACAAUUCGGAAACGUGCUCUCUAUACAUAAUGAAUGGCCAGAAUUUUCACGAAAAAUUUAUACUCUUAUGCAGACUGAAAUUAUAAAAGAUAGAGUAUAUGAAGAACAACUUUAUCAAAUAAAUGAAAAUAUAUCAGAAGGUAAAAAGGAAAGAAAUAUUAGAAUCCUUAAAUUAUUACCAGCAUUAUGUAGUCCAACAAUAAAAAUUCGGAAAGGUACAAGAAGUGUAAAAGCUACAAUAACUGAAUCAUUAAAUUCUUUUAUUUUAUUCUUAAUUAGUCCUGCUGACAUUGAACACAGCAUUGAAUGUCAGAGGAAUAGAGCAGCUGCGUUAAAUUUGACUCUACAACCAUUUGUUAUUUUUGUUGGACGUGACGAUAGCUCGAUUAACGCAUACUACGUUUGUGUCGACAAUACUCUGUACAAAAUUGAGAGUGCUCUCAAAGCUAUAGACAUAUGUUACAAGUGUUUUUUUGUAUUACAUGCCUGUUAUCCCAAGGAAUCUGAACAGGUAUGGCUUCUUAUACAAAAAUGUUUGUAUAAAAUGUCAACUGAGUAUGAUACCGAUGUAAUAAAUACCAAAGUGGCAUCCAUCGAAAAGAAAUUUUAUAAAAUAUAAAGAUUGCAAUUAUUUUAAAA